CUCCUGACUCUCUCUCCUCUCCAGGAUCUGCCGCAUCUCUCUGCUCUCUCUGGUGUCUCCCCCACUCGGUUAGCCCAGCCGGAGGAUGUGAUCCGGUGUCUCUACCUGCCGCGUGUGAUCAGCUUCCCUCCGGAGUGGGCCGUGAGCGGUGUACCCCGAGUGUCCGUGUCCGAGGGGGGAGAUCCCCAGACUCACAAUGUCCGAGGUGCUGCCCUUCAGCGAGGCCGAGCAGCGGGGGCAUUAUGCGGACGGAGGGGGGGACAUCGCGGGGCAGAUCCCCCUCACCUGCCGUCUCCAGGACACCGGCAACUUCUAUGGCAGCUCAGGCCAAGGGGGCGGCAAGAGGCCCCCCAAACUGGGGCAGAUUGGACGCAGCAAGAGAGUUGUGAUUGAGGAUGAGGGGAUCGAUACAGUCCUCACCAUGGCAGAGAAGGCUCCUCCUGACGUCUAAAGCCUCCGGGGACCUCCUCGUUAUCCGCAAAAAAACAACAAUAAAAAAAACACAGAAAGAAAGAAACGGGGAAGAAAAUGCCGACCAACAAACAAUUUUAUAAAAAUUCCUACUUCGUGUUCGUCUGAAACCCAACCGCGGAUGGCGGAUGGCGGAUAACAGGAGCAGGCGGGAAACGAGCGGCUGGCGGCACGUCGAUGCAAAAAAGGGGGGGGAAACAUGAAAGACUUUUUGGGGUAAACCAAACCUUUCGGAUUUUGGAGAGAAAAAGAGAUAUUUGGGGGAGGGGCAAAAUAUUUUUGCAUCUGAAUUUCCAUAAUUUGGGACUCCGUGUAAUUUGCGGUGGAAUUUUUUUUUCUCCAGUUCGGCGGUCAAUUCGAGGCUCGUUGUUUGAGGCAAAAAAGAUGAGGCUUUUUGAAAUCAUAGAAACAGAAAA